AUGGCGUCCAUGGCAGCUACCCUCGCCGCCUCGCUUCCGGCACCCGUUGUCGCCCAAAAACCAAAAGAGCAGAGCUCAUCCCAAUCCGCCAAAGUCCCACAGCGCAUGGAGGGCGUGUUGGAUGUGGAGGCUGCAAGGGAGGUCGAGAGCGUCAACCUCAACAGCUUGGCCCUGCUCAAGAUCAUGAAGCACUCGACGGAUAUUCUGCCUCCUCCGCCAUCAACGACCUAUCAGCAGGACAGGAAUGCUCCGCCAGCGACCAAGCUGUCGUCUCAUCCGGAUGCGGUCGGUGUGAUCUUGGGACUGGAUCUGGAGGGUGUGCUCGAGGUGGAGGACUGCUUUGCGCUGCCUGGCGGAGAGACAAAUCUUGGACCCAACUCCUACUCCACCCACCUCCUUUCUCACCUCUCGGACGUCUCCACCCCUUCCUCGCCUAUCGGUCUCUACCUCUCCACACACAAUGGCGGCUUCCUCACUCGGUCGACGAUCGACCUGCUGAACGCUGUCGAGAAGCUCAUGGGGCGCGGAAAGGCUGUGCUGUUGGUGCACGAUGCGAGCUCGAGUCGGGGUGAUGGCGGCGUCAGGGCAUAUCGGUUGACGGAGGGCGGGAGGGCUGCUGGGAAGGACGGCAAGUGGGAUGGGACAUCACUCACUGAACACCGCCUGACUUCGUCAAAUCUCCUCCAAUCCCUCCCUAUCACCACCUCCUCCCCACCUCUCCUCGCCGCCUUCCUCUCGACCCUCGUCUCCCCCUCGACCCCCUCGUCUUCCCUCAAAUCCCCAUCCACUCCCCUCCCCGCGGCCUUCCAGUCCCUCUCCAACCCCCUCCCUACCACCCUCCCCGCCUACCUCUCCGACACCCUCGACGCGCUCACACUCUACAACCACGAAGCCAACAAUGUCGCUUUCCUCUCGCGUCAAAUCGCGCGUGAAAAGACGCGCCACGAGGGUGCGAUUCGGGAGCGGGAAGAGGAGAAUCUGCGCCGAAAGAAGCAGGGGCUGGUCGAGUUGCCGUCGUUGCCGGCUGAGGCGAGGGGCGGGACAAAGGAGCCGAGCAGGCUCGAGUUGAUGUGUCUACAGGGACAGGUGGAGGGGUUGGCGCAUGGGAUGGGGAGCGAGGCGGGCGCGGGGCUGGUCAGGUGUUACCUCUAG